AACCUCCAUCCCACGACCACUGGAACGCCCAUCUUCGUGUGAGCUCCGGACAUCCGUUCAACAUGUUGGACCAGGAAGAGGUACACCCUUUGCUGAUGCGCGAGCGGCGCUCAGAGACCCACAGGAACAAGUUACUGCGGCGGACUGUCAGCGUUCCUGUUGAGGGAAGGCAUCACCCAGAGAUGGAUCAUCGCCUCCGGAGGAAGAGCAUAGCCACUGGGAAGCAACCCAGCAUGGAGGUCCCUCCCACUGCCCCCCUUCAACCCUUCCGACAAUCCGUGAGUAACCCUCCCUGUCCUCGGCCUCGCUCGUUGCCUCCAUCCCUCUCGCUGUCCCUCGUCCCUCAUCCCGCGCUCGGCCCACCGCACACCUGUGGCAGGCGGGUCAGUGGCACCCCGCCUCACCCUUUUCCUCUGUCCCUGGCUGUCCCCCCUUCCAAUGCCUUUUGCCCGCAGCAGCAGCAGCAAAAGGGCUCCAAGAAAGGGUCCAGCACUCCCCCUUUGGCCCGCUCACUGCCCCUCUCCCCCUCCUUGUCCUUCACCCUGCCCCACUCACCUGUCGCUUCCUCCUCCUCCCCCUUCUUGUACUGGGGCGGAGACUGGAGGGCUGCCAGUUCGAAUCCAGUAGCAGGAGGAAUGUUUAUUGCACCACUGCCCCCUGUUGAGAGUUUCCUCAGUAAAAGGUUGAAGGGCUCAAUCAAGAGGGCCAAGAGUCAGCCGAAACUGGACCGAACUAGCAGUUUCCGCCACAUGAUCCUCCCCCGCUUCCGCAGUGCCGACCAAGACAGGACCCGUUUGAUGCAGAGCUUCAAAGAGUCCCAUUCCCAUGAGUCCUUGCUGUCCCCCAGCAGCGCUGCCGAGGCGCUGGACCUCACCCUGGAUGAGGACACCAUCAUCAAACCUGUCCACUCCAGCAUCCUGGGACAGGAGUACUGCUUUGAGGUGACAACGGCUUCAGGAACCAAGUGCUUUGCGUGUCGCUCAGCUGCAGAGAGAGACAAAUGGAUCGAGAACCUGCAGAGAGCUGUCAAGCCCAACAAGGACAACAGCCGAAGGGUGGACAAUGUGCUCAAGCUGUGGAUCAUCGAGGCCCGAGAGCUUCCAGCCAAGAAACGCUACUACUGCGAGCUUUGUCUGGACGACAUGCUGUACGCACGCACCACCAGCAAGCCCCGCACCGACACCGUUUUCUGGGGCGAGCACUUUGAAUUCAACAACCUGCCAGCCGUUCGCAACCUACGCCUUCAUCUGUACAAAGAGACGGACAAGAAGAGACGCAAGGAAAAGAGCACAUACUUAGGACUCGUCAGCAUCCCCAUCUCAAGCAUCACCGGCCGACAGUUUGUGGAGCAGUGGUACCCGGUCAUCCAGCCCAGCGUCCUCACGAAGGGAGCGGGUGUCGGAGGAGGGAAGAUCAUCAAUGCAUCGCUUCGUCUCAAAUCUCGCUUCCAAACCAUGAACAUUCUGCCCAUGGAGCUGUACAAGGAGUUUGCAGAGUAUGUCACCAACAACUACCGCACGCUGUGCGCUGUGCUGGAGCCUGUGCUGAGUGUGAAGAGCAAAGAGGAAGUGGCCUGCGCUUUGGUGCACAUCCUGCAGAGCACAGGGAAAGCUAAGGAUUUCCUGUCUGACAUGGCGAUGUGUGAGGUAGACAGAUUCAUCGACCGAGAACACCUUAUAUUCAGAGAGAACACUCUGGCCACCAAAGCCAUAGAAGAGUACCUCAAACUGAUUGGGCACAAGUACCUCAAGGAUGCUAUUGGAGAGUUCAUAAGGGCCUUGUAUGAGUCGGAGGAGAACUGUGAAGUGGACCCGAUGAGAAUACCCCCCUCUGUGCUGCCAGACCACCAAGCCAACCUUCGAAUGUGCUGCGAACUGGCACUCUGCAAAAUAGUUAACUCUCAUUGUGUGUUCCCUCGUGAGCUAAAGGAAGUUUUUGCCUCCUGGAGAGUGCGCUGUGCUGAAAGGGGUCGAGAAGACAUCGCUGACCGUCUCAUCAGUGGAUCGCUCUUUCUGCGCUUCCUGUGUCCUGCCAUCAUGUCCCCAUCGCUGUUCAACCUCACCCAGGAGUAUCCCGAUGAGCAGACGUCACGCACGCUCACCCUCAUCGCUAAAGUAGUGCAAAACCUGGCUAACUUCUCCAAAUUUGGCAAUAAAGAGGAGUAUAUGUGCUUCAUGAAUGAGUUUUUGGAGAUGGAGUGGGGCUCCAUGCAGCAGUUCCUCUAUGAGAUCUCCAACCUGGACAGUGUCAGCAAUGCAGGUGGCUUUGAGGGCUACAUUGACCUGGGCAGGGAGCUGUCGAUUCUGCACAGCCUCCUGUGGGAAGUCAUGGCUCAGCUCAGCAAGGAUGCCAUCAUCAAAUUGGGUCCUUUGCCCCGCCUCCUGAAUGACAUCAGCAUGGCGUUGCGUAACCCUCACCUCCAGAGACAGCCGAGCCAUCAAACGGACAGGGUGCAGGACAGACAGAUGGACAGGCUGCUCUCACGACCGAGUUUCAACCGUGGCAUUUCAUCUGAGUUCCAGAAUCUCAUGAUGAGGGAUUUAAACAGCUCCAUAGAUAUCACUCGUUUGCCUUCCCCCACCUCCACCGGAGGGGUCAUGCCUUCCCGUUCCCAGAUGAGUUUUCAGGACCGCGACCACCCUCAUCGUGUUUCCAAAGACAUGUUUUACGUCUCACGCCCACCGCUGGCACGAUCCAGCCCAGCGUACUGCACAAGCAGCUCGGACAUCACAGAGCCAGACCCUAAGGAUUCCCGAAUGAACAGCGUGUCUAACCUGCAGUCGGUGGACAUGCUCAACUCCUCCCAGGCCUCCAUCGCCGGUAUGGGCAGCUUCGGAGGGCUGAGCAGCGGAGGCGGUGGCGGCCUGGGGUCGGGCCUGAGCAGCCAGCUGCGGGUCGGUGGUAGGUUGUCAGCUGGCUCUGGUGGCUCCAGCAUAUCUGGUGGCCUUCGGCUGAGCCAGCUGAGCCAGAUGGGCACCACAACCGACUCGCUAUCCCAGCAGCAGCAACAGCAGGCCGCCGCCAUGCGCUACCCGCUUUCCUUCCAGAAUCCCCUCUUUCAUCUGGCGACGGCUGACGGGCCUCAACAGCAACAGCUGCAUCACCAGCACAGUCGGGCUCAGCCCCCAGCACCUCUUCUCCUGGCCCCAGAACCUGAGCCCUCUCAUCAAACCUACAUUCCACAGUUUGCCCAUGGAGGGUUCUCUCGCAGUGAGGAUCUGUCCACCCUCAGGACCAGGGACAGUCACCUGGGCCAACCCAGCAUCAUCCACUCUCACAGCUACAGCGAUGACUACAGCAGGGCUGACUACGCACGCAGACAGAUGUCCAUGCAUGUGCAGGAUAAUCUCCAGCAUCAGCAAGACAUGAUGGGAAUGGCCUCCCAGACGGGAACCUCGCACUCCUCCUUGGCCACCACGCCUCCCUCCACAGUCCAACCCAUGCGUCAGAGUUCUGUUGCUCCACCCCCCGGCCAGCGGGUUAAAUCUCAGACAUCCCAUCAGCUGUCCGUCAGCUCAGCAGCUGCACCCGCUUCAUCCGGUAAAUCCCGACCACAGAGCGGCAACCUCCUCCAGUCGCCAGAAUCUGGCUACGGUGGCAGGCAGCAUGGACCCCGGCAGCUUUCGGUCAAAGACAACACUGCCCCUGGUCUCCCCCACCAGCAGAGCUCCGUCAGGGAAGGUGGGAGUCCACAGGGGACCACCAGUCAGAGCACUCAGCAGUCACCGCAGCAGCAGCCUCAGCAGCACCUUCUCAAACCCACCAUGAGCAAACAGGGCUCCCAGACCCCAUCCACCCUCAAUCCCCCGACCCCAGCAAACGAGAGAACUGUGGCCUGGGUCUCCAACAUGCCUCAUCUGUCGGCGGACAUCGAAAGCUCGCGGAUCGACCGAGAAGAUUUCAAACUGAAGGAGUACUCGAAGAGCAUGGACGAGUCGCGCAUGGACAGGGUCCGAGAGUACGAGGAGGAGAUCAAUUCACUGAAGGAGCGCCUGAUGAUGUCCCACAAAAAGCUGGAGGAGUACGAGCGGAGGCUCCUCGUGCAGGAGCAGCAGACCAACAAGAUCCUCCUUCAGUACCAGAAUCGACUCGAUGACAGCGAGAGGAAGCUGCGGCAACAGCAAGUGGAGAAAGACUCCCAAAUUAAAGGAAUAAUUAACAGACUCAUGGCAGUGGAGGAUGAAAUAAGGGGAGGACCGGUUUAUGAGCCAAAAACCAGGAUUUUCGCUGAUCAGGGGAGGCGUCAGUCCAUCCUAGUGCAGCCCCGACUUGCACCUGUCCCACCCCGAGUGUCCAGCCACUCUCAAAGCUUCAUGGAGGACAAUGUGGAACCUAAUUGGGUGAUGCACCAUCGGCAGUCUUCAGGGUGGCACGGCCAAAUGUCCCGAGCCCUCUCUCGUGACGCGAUUGGCUGACAAAGGGAGACCGUGGGGCGUUGGUCCCAUUCUCUCCUCUCAAAGGAUGGUGCAAACCCC